CUCACAAACAUGUUGAAACCUCAAGUCAACCACCUCUACCGCCAUCAAAUCCCCACUCCGCCAAUACUCACAAGGUGGAAGAAGAAUUUUAUAGCCGGAGAUGUGGGUGUUGACGGUGGCCGAAGCCUUUCAUCUUUUGUAUCUCUCAACACACUGGCAUUUCCUACCAAACAUCGCCGGAGAUGUGGGUCUUUCCUCUCUCAGCGUAACACCGGCAAUUCAGUCGGCCAAAUCAAAGCCGACGCCGGAGAAUCCAAUACUGCCAGUAGUGUCAUCAAAACCAUCAGCCUCAGAGCCGUGAUUACAGUCCAGUUGACUGUGGGUGGUGUCCUGUCGAACUUAAGUUUUACGAGAGCUUUUGACGAUAUUGGAGAUUUGCUCGGAAAAUCACUCCUUUUGGAGCUAGUUUCCGCCGAUGCUGACUCAAAGACAGGAUUACAGAAGGCUACAAUACAAGAUUACGCACAUCGAACUGGUCAAAAAGCAGACGACCUAACAUAUUUAGCAGAAUUUGAAGUACCUGAAGAUUUUGGUUCAAUCGGGGCCAUUUUGAUUGAGAACGAACACCACAAAGAGAUGUUUGUAGAAUCGAUUGUACUUGAAGGCCUCCCCAUUGGUCCAGUGAGUGUCUCAUGCAAUUCAUGGCUUCAUUCCAAGUUUGAUAACCCUAUAAAACGAGUUUUCUUCCUCGAUAAGGUUUCAUGCCUACCGUCGCAGACUCCGAGCGGGUUGAAGCAGCUUCGAGAACAGGAACUAGCGAUUCUUCGAGGCGAUGGCGUCGCCGAUAAACCUCGAGAAAAGAAUGAUAGAAUUUACGAUUACGAUGUCUACAAUGAUCUUGGCAAUCCCGAUAAGGAUCCGGAGUUGGCACGACCGGUGCUCGGCACCAAGGAAUAUCCUUACCCUCGUCGUUGCAAAACUGGCCGACCUCGCACUAAAUCAGAUCCAUUAUCAGAGUCAAGAAGCAGUGAUGUUUACGUCCCAAGGGAUGAAUCUUUUUCAGAAGUUAAGAAUAUGACUUUUUCAUUCAAGACUGUGUACUCAGUGCUUCAUGCAGUCAUACCCUCAAUAGAAACAACCAUGAUUGACAAAGAUCUUGGGUUCCCAUACUUCACAGCCAUUGAAUCUCUGUUCAAUGAGGGAGUUAAUCUGCCACCAUUAGACAACAAAGGGUUUCUUGGAAAUGUUCUACCUCGACUUCUGAAGGCUAUGGAAGAUGCCCAAAAUAACAUCUUGCUUUUUGAAACUCCUGCUAUGAUUGAAAGAGAUAAAUUCGGUUGGCUUAGGGAUGAAGAAUUUUGUAGACAAACCAUUGCUGGACUUAACCCUUUGAGUAUUAGUUGUGUCACGGAAUGGCCACUGAAAAGUAAACUUGACCCUGAGGUUUAUGGUCCACCUGAAUCCGCCAUAACCGAAGAGAUCAUCAUGAGAGAGAUCAGAGGCUUCUGUUCACUUAAGGAGGCAAUAGAGAGCAAGAAGCUUUUUAUUAUGGAUUAUCAUGAUAUCUUCCUUCCAUAUGUGAACAAAGUCAGAGAUCAGAAAAAAUUCAGAACAACUUUAUACGGAUCAAGAACACUGAUGUUCCUUAUGCCAUCUGGAACAUUAAGACCAUUGGCUAUUGAGCUCGUUAGGCCACCUGGCAAUGGGAAACCUCAAUGGAAGCGAGUAUUUACUCCAUGUUGGGAUGCAACAGGUGCUUGGCUAUGGAAGCUUGCUAAGAUCCAUGCUCUUGUUCAUGAUAGUGGUUACCAUCAACUAGUAAGCCACUGGUUAAGAACACAUUGUUGCACUGAGCCAUAUAUAAUAGCCACCAACCGCCAGCUCAGCAAAAUGCACCCGAUACACAAUCUUUUACACCCUCAUUUCCGAUAUACAAUGGAAAUCAACGGUUUAGCCCGUGAAGCCCUAAUUAAUUCAGGUGGAAUCAUCGAAUCUUGUUUCUCACCCGGAAAAUACAGCAUCGAGUUGAGUUCAAUCGCGUAUGGUCAACAAUGGCGGUUUGACCACGAAGCAUUACCCGCUGACCUAAUCGCAAGAGGCAUGGCGGUGGAAGACCCCGAUUCACCACACGGCCUAAAGCUAACAAUAGAAGAUUACCCUUACGCAAAUGACGGUUUAGUCCUUUGGGAUAUAAUCAAAGAUUGGGUCACCAACUAUGUCAACCAUUAUUACCCCGAAGACAACAACAACAACAACAAAAAUCUUGUGGAAUCGGAUUCAGAGCUUCAAGCAUGGUGGACAGAGAUUAGAACACUCGGACACGCAGACAAGAAAGACGAACCAUGGUGGCCGAUUUUGAAAACACCAAAGGAUUUAAUCGGGAUUUUGACAACAAUAAUUUGGGUAGCUUCCGGGCACCAUGCAGCGGUCAACUUCGGGCAGUAUGACUUUGCGGGGUAUAUUCCAAAUCGGGCAACGAUUGCCCGAGUUAAAAUGCCAUGUGAGGAUCCGACUGAUGAUGAAUGGGAGACGUUUAAACGAAGGCCAGAAGAUGAGCUUUUGUCGGCGUUUCCUUCUCAGAUUCAAGCUUCACAAGUGAUGGCAGUUCUUGAUGUUUUGUCGAAUCAUUCCCCGGAUGAGGAGUAUAUUGGGGAGACAAUGGAGGGGGCGUUUGAGGCAAAUCCGCAAAUAAAAGCUGCGUAUGAGAUGUUUUCAGGGAGGUUGAAGGAGUUGGAAGGGAUUAUUGAUGGGAGGAAUGCCGAUGAGAGUAGGAAGAACAGGAAUGGAGCUGGGGUUGUACCGUAUAACUUGCUAAAGCCUUAUUCGGAACCUGGUGUCACUAGUAUGGGGGUUCCGAAUAGUAUUUCUAUAUAGAUGGUUUGUUGGAUUUGGGGUGAUGAAUAAUGGAGCAAGAAAUCUUUGAUUGUUCUUGAUCAUUUUCCUAGGCGUGAAUUUUUCUUGAUUAAACAAUAAAAUGGAAAAAGUCAUUUUGUUAAAAGUUAACAUGAUAACUUUUUCUAUGAUUGGAAAACAUCGUGGUUAUUUUGUGUACAACCUUGUUUUUAUUAUAUGCCAAAAUGUCAAAUUACUAUGC